AUGAAGGAUCUUGACUCUGAAGAGUCAAACCUUCUAUUCGAAAAUCAGUUUGCUGUGCGAGAAAUUAUAGAGCAGGGUCCAUUCUCCAAUAUAUACAGGACUAUUCACAAUGGGACAAGCAAGAAAUUUAUUCUUAGGUCGAUUAGUGUACCGCUAUACAAAAAGCAUACUGGUCUAGGCGUUGAAGAUAUUGAACGUGAAAUUAACAUAUGCAAAAGCCUUCAUCAUCCUUACAUAUGCAAAAUGGAAAAGGUUGUAACCAGCCAAAAUUUCUGCCACCUGUUCUAUGAAAAUCUAGAGGGUAGUGAUAUUUGCUUUGAAAUUGUUCAGCGCGCAUGCAGCGGAUUUGUGUACUCGGAAUAUGUCAUUAGCCAUUAUACUCGCCAGUUACUGGAUGCCCUGGAUUAUAUUCAUAGUCGUAGGAUUGUUCAUAGAGACAUCCGACCGCAUAAUAUUGUGUUAGCAACGAGAGACACGUCGGCAGCUCUAAAGUUGUGUGGUUUCAGUGUGGCUCUGGAUAUAUCAGAUGGAGCCGCAUUACCAGUGACAGGUAGAGUGGGAGUUCCACAAUUCAUGGCUCCAGAAGUUGUUCGCAAGGAACCUGUAACUUGCGCAUCUGAUAUGUGGUCCACUGGAAUUGUGCUUGUCUUGCUGCUUUCUGGAAGAUUACCUUUCGCAGGCCCAACCAUUGAUAUUUAUAAUCGUAUUGCCCAUGGAAGAAUUGACAUUGAUUCGUACUUGUUGAGAAUUUCGGAAAGUGCAAAAGAUUUGGUUCGCCGAUUGUUAGCAGUGAAUCCAGAGCAGCGCAUAACAGCAAAAGAGGUGAAUUUUUUUCUUGCGUUGUGCCACGAAUGGAUACGUGAUAAGGAGCACAUGGCGAGCCGGAAACAUAUGAGUGAUGUUAUUGAGCAAAUGCGGAGAUACAAUGACUCGCGAAAAUUGAAGAGCAACGUGCUCUCAGCGAUUAAUAGCCGGAAGUUUGAUGAGCUCAACCUAGCACAGAAUCAUUCUGCAUUCGUCGACGGAUCCUCACCAGGUGGUGAUUGUUGCCAGCGCGGUGAAUCAGCGGCGGCGGAAAAUUUCGAGAAACCAUUUCGCAAGGAUUUAACUGGCGCUUAUCAGAUUCUAACAUCCUUAGACGCAAUAAACUGCCUGCUCGACCCGAAUUCCUACAAGCCAGAUGGAUCGGCAUUUCAACGCAUAUUUAAUGAUGGAAAUGUUUGCACUCUUCUGAGGCUGUAUGACAAGAUUUGCGCUCUUCCAUAUGAACCAAUUCACACAGACACCGAAACAUCCCUUCUUCGAAAAGAGACUAUUUCAUCGAUUGAUAGCCUACUUGGACCGAGCCCGGAAGCCUUGGAGCUCCGCCAGCUUCUUAGUGCACCACAUUUAACGGGAUGCGUUCAAGCAUUGGAUGUUGUCGUCUGCGAAAUUAGAGACAUGCCACGAAACGAGGGAACAUCUUCUGCUGACAAGGAUACGAAUUGCAAUUCGAGCGAAUCAAUACCGCCAUACUUAAAUGGCGGCGUUUUGCCAUUAGGCUCCCAACGGGCCGGCACUUCGUUCGAGCAUUUCAAUCAUUCAACUGCACACACUUCUUACGAGGAGGAAGACGAGGAUUUGUACGAUUGUAUGUCUCGUCUGCGACUUGUUCAAUUCCAGAAAGACACACAGGAGCCGAUGGGAAUUACUCUACGGGUUAAUGAAGAUGGACGAUGCUUCGUUGCGAGAAUCAUGCACGGUGGAAUGAUUCAUCGACAAGCUACCCUUCAUGUUGGUGAUGAGAUCCGAGAGAUCAAUGGGAUGAGCGUUACUAAUCGUAGUGUGGAAUCACUUCAGGAAAUGUUGAGAGAUGCAAGAGGACAGGUUACAUUCAAAAUUAUUCCUUCUUAUCGCUCGGCCCCGCCGGCAUGUGAAAUUUUUGUGAGAGCUCAAUUUGACUAUGAGCCCGCUCAAGAUGAUUUAAUUCCAUGCCCUCAAGCAGGAGUUCCAUUCAAGACUGGAGACAUUUUACAGGUAAUUUCCAAGGAUGACCAUAAUUGGUGGCAAGCUCGAUUUGUCUCAUCUUUUCCAUCAAUUGGACCAGUACAUACGCAAAGAAGUGGACAGCAGCAAGUCGCCGGUCUCAUUCCGUCGCCGGAGCUUCAAGAAUGGCGCACAGCUUGCUUGGCAAUGGAGCGAGCUAAAAAUACAUCCCAUUGCAUGUGGUUCAAUAAAAAGAAAAAGUAUUACACCACGAAAUAUCUUCAAAAACACUCUGCGCUUUUUGAUCAACUCGACUUGGUCACUUAUGAGGAGGUUAUGAGGCUUUCACAAUAUCGCAGGAAAACAUUGGUGCUUCUUGGUGCUCAUGGUGUGGGCAGACGGCACAUCAAAAACACAUUGAUUCAUAGGCAUCCAAACCGAUUUGCGUACCCAAUACCACACACCACGAGACCGCCACGCAAAGAUGAAAUUGAUGGAAAGCAUUACUAUUUUGUUUCACACGAUCAGAUGAUGGCGGAUAUUCAGAACAACGAGUACUUGGAAUAUGGAACACAUGAAGAAAGCAUGUAUGGCACAAAGCUGGAGACCAUCCGAAAUAUUCAUAAAGCGGGAAAAAUCGCGAUACUUGAUGUCGAACCGCAAGCGUUAAAAGUUUUGAGAACCGCUGAAUACUCGCCAUUUGUCGUAUUCAUUGCAGCGCCAAAUCUACAGGGAAUGCAAGAUCCGGAUGGAUCAUUAGAAAAACUCCUCAAUGAAUCUGAUGUGUUGAGACAAGCAUUCGGCCAUCUGUUUGACUAUAUCAUUACAAAUAGCGACAUCGAUGACACCAUCACACAAUUGGAAAGGCUUGUGGAGAAGCUGCCGGCGUAUCCGCAAUGGUUGCCAGUUUCUUGGGUCUACUGA